AUGUACAUAGCUCAGUCUAUGCAGGGCUAUGCCGAUUUCCAUGCUGUUUCAGCAUAUGUCUUUUUUACAACCCGGAUCGACUCAGCCCGGUGUCCUGCCAACGGCAAGAAAACUGGCGUCAUCCACGCACAAAGAGCCGAAGCAAGGAGAAAGAGAUGGAAGUUACCAGUUGAACCUCCAAAAAAGGUAGUGAAAAAUUCAGUGGCAUUAUGUCAUAGACUCUGCUUGCUUCCGUUUCCACGCCCUUUGAACCAAGGGUCACAGCUGUCAUCGCCUUCUACGGUGUCUUUCAUAUAUAUCACCACUACCAGAUUCCGUUGUUCUCUUUUCCUCCUACUUCCUCUUCUCAACCAUACCAUGGCUGUCUUCUAUCUUCAGACACCGUCUCAGCUUCGUGGUCUGCUCGACAGCUCAACAUCCUGCUACCAGCCAACCGAAUAA